UGUAGUACUUAGUUCCUGUGGGGUUGCCCUGUCUGCUCACUGCCUGCGAGUCAGGCUGAAUCCGAGUCACGUGACACUUGCCCGAGGCAGAGAUUGAGAGAAAAGCGCUUCAUUCCUUCUUCCACCGCCAUACUGUAUUUUAUACUAAAUCUCAUUUUUAUUCCAACAUUUUACUCCCGCUCGGAAAACAAGUGAAGGACAAUGACUGGCAAGACCCAGACCAGCAAUGUCACCAACAAGAAUGAUCCCAGAUCCAUCAACUCCAGGGUUUUCAUUGGCAAUCUCAACACAGUAAUAGUAAAAAAAGCUGACAUUGAAGCUAUCUUUGCCAAGUAUGGGAAAAUAGUUGGCUGCUCAGUACACAAAGGAUAUGCAUUUGUUCAGUACAUGAGUGAAAGAAAUGCACGGGCUGCGGUUGCAGGAGAGAAUGCAAGAAUCAUUGCAGGACAGCCACUCGACACAUCCUUACCUGUCCCUGCUUUGAGAGUCUCUGAUACCCCUAGGAAUGCAUGCUUUUUUAAAGAUAUCAAUAUGGCUGGUGAACCAAAACCCUACAGACCAAAAGCUGGAUCCAAGAGACCUCUCUCUUCCCUUUAUAGUGGUUAUGAAUUUGAUUAUGACUACUACAGAGAUGAUUUCUACAAUCGGCUAUUUGAUUACCAUGGCCGUGUGCCCGCACCUCCUCGUGCAGUGAUCCCCUUGAAGCGGGCCCGGGUGACAGUGCCCUCCACACGCAGAGGCAAAAGCAGCUUUCCUAUAAAAGGGGCAUCAAGAUCAAUGACAGGCUCCUCGUCUUCAGGACCCAAAUUAAAAUCAGAUGAGCUGCAGACAAUCAAAAAGGAACUGAUGCAAAUUAAAACAAAAAUUGAUUCCCUGCUGGGCAGACUGGAUAAGAUUGAGAAGCAGCAGAGAGCAGAAACUGAUGUUCAAAGAAAAUAUGAAGGUACCACAGAGUCUCUUCAUGAAGAAUCCAUAUCUGAGAAUGCAGACAACUCUACAGAGGAGCCAGGUGAAGGAGGUCCUGAUGCUGACAGGGAUGAAAUGACUGAUGGGAUAGAGGAGGAUUAUGAUGAAGAAGGCAGCAAUGAUCUGAUAGAGAACCAUUUAUCAGACAUAGAAGACACCAGCAAUUGAUACAAAGUAUGGUAAAACAAGCAGAAGAUGCCAAACAGCCCAGAAUCGGCUGCAGAAACAAUGACAAUGUGCACGACGAAAGGGACCCAACUUCCUACGCAAGAAAUGAGGACGGACGCUGUAAAUCCAAUACCAGUAUUCUGAAAGAUGUGGUCAUUCUUUCGCACAAAUAACAUCCACCUAAAAAGAAAUUCUUGAAAUAGCAGAUUAAAUGUGAAUAAUGAAAUUCAGAAUUUGUGAUUAUCAUUAAUACAGUCACUUGGAUAUGAUCUGCAUCUGGUAUAGCCACUACUGUUUCUUUGUCCUGGAUUACUGGACACCAAAAUGUUUGUCUGCAUUUUCCGUAUAGUAGUCAGUAGAAAACUAUAAUUGGUUUUCUUAGUUGUUUCUGGAUAAUACUGUACACAAGAAAUAUAACAAUACAUUAGCAGAGAUAAUUAAAAAUGCAGUUGGAAGAUAAUACCACAUCUAUCAAUCCUUGGUUUUUAUUCUUCUAUUGCCCAUCCUGUGAUGUUUUAAGAGGUUGUUAUGUAAUAGUACAUUUGUAAAACACUUGGGCUGGUAAAAGUCCAAUGAAAGGACAUGAUGAUUUAUGUAGAAAUCCUAACAGUAUUUUAUAGAAAUGUAUAAUAAUUGUAAAGCUAUUUUUAUGACCGGCAUGUUUUGUUGUUGAUCUUUAUUUCAGGUUGAUGAUUGUGUGGCUUCUGCUUUUGUUGAGUAACACACAACAGAUUCACAAAGCAGUUUAAUGCUGCAUUCAGUAGAAUUUGUGUUGCUAGUGUAUUGGGUGCAAUGUGUUACAUGUUAUCAAGAGUACUAUCCAAUAUAAACCAUGGAACACUGUCAACAAAAAGCACCAGCCGAUUCCCUGGCAUAGACAUGAAUAUAUACAAUAUUUUAAUAGAAAGUGCUGUAAUGUAUAUUGAAUCAAAAAGUGAAACUUGCACAAAUAGGUCUUGUUGUCAAAAUGUUAAUUCAGGUCUCUGUGGAUCUCAAACAGGGGUUCUCAAAGGUUGAUCAGGGGGGCCCCAGAAAGUUCAGGACAUUUUUCUUUUGUAAAACACCAUAUACUUGUGCAAAAAGUGGUCUUUCACUGUUAUGUUGAGAGACAGAUUUGGUGUAAUACUCACAGACAUUAUACAUUAAAUAUUAAAUUGCACUCUAGUUUGAUUUUUCCUUCUUGUUUGUGAUGUGCUUUAUUGAUUUGCUACCCCUAAAAAAGUUUAGAGAACCUGAAUUAGUUUUCUAACAAAAAGAAUGAUUCAGACAAUUUUUCCUUUGGAGACCUGGGCAAUGUGGGUUGUUUCAUAUGUCAACCCAAUAAGAAUUUGUAGUUUUACUCAGAUUGUAUUAUUGAGGGUUUGAAAUUAGUGUAUGGAGCAAGUAGCUGAAGCUUAACAAGAUAGUUGUCAUUAUGUUUCAUAAUUUGUGUAUUAAUUUUAGCAACGGUUAUUAGCCAGACAUAUCCUUGUAGUAUAGUAACAAUCCAAUAGCAUAAGUUCACAUACUGAAAUAUAACUGGUAACAUGUUUAAGGAUCUGUGGUAAACAAAUAAUAAUGCAAGGGUUGUUUUAUAAAAUGAGACACUUAUUACUAACAGGCUAUAACAAUACAGUGCUACAAUAACAUGUAUAUAAGGAAUUAAAAGAAACCUUUCAAUUACUUUGUGCCACUAAAAAGCUAUUCUAAUAAACUUAAUCCUUAUGUCAAAACCUUUAAUAACACAUUUAGUUUCAGGUCAAGUGCAGUCAGAUAACUGCUUGUUUGCUGCUUGUUUGCUGUGUGUCAGCAGCAGGAAGGCUGGGCACCCCACUUCUAUCUCACCAGUACUAGUGAAUAAUUCAACACAAAAGGAUUCUAAGAAAAAAAGAGAGAUACCCCAAAUUUCUUGUUUGUUUAUUCACACAUUUUAAGGCUCAGUUAGAAGUAAUGAUUGAUUAACUUUUUAAGCGUGUGUACAGGGUUGGGAAAUUACAAUGUUUUUUUUAGUGUAGAGCAGUAAAAGAGCCUGUUAGAAAAAUACAAACAGCAGGUAGGAAAUACACAAUUUUCAGAUCUACCUCAGUAACAGAGCAUAUUUAAAUCAACACAGUGUCACUGGAUAUAACCUGAGCUUUCAAUAUCUGUUGCCUUUCAUUGCAUGAACUAUCACGCUUUAAAAUCGUGGGGUAUUAGGAGGCGACCGCUUACUUUGGUUUCUAAAUAUUUUAUUUGUUAGCCUCUUGUUCUGUGUAUAUGUAAAAUAAACUAAACAAAAAAAAGGAAAAAAAAAAUUGUGUUUUGUCAAAGUCUGAAACACACAUAACUCCUCCUAAUGUACCGGCUGAUUUAUUAAAGUGGUUGGAGCUACAAAAAAACUUAAUAAACCUGCACUUCUAUUCACUGUAUGGGUCUCAGGUGUUCUUAUGUUAAAACGUGACAUUAAAAGGUGUUUGCCGAUUUCUUUCAUAACUGUAUCUGAGUAUAUAAUGAAUGGAUAAGCAUGGGACUAUUUUGUUAGCUACAAUCAUUUCAGAUAAGCAGGAUACUUUCACAUGUCAUUGCUAAUAUUGAAUCAUGUGAUCGUAGGACUUUCAGGAAGUGAAACCCCAUAGCUGGUGCCACCAACACAGCAGCACGUGCCAUGACCAGGAUGGGAAGAAUGUCUAAUGUGGAAGUUUCAGUCCACCAGUGGAAGAGGUAGCAGAAAUUCAUAGCAUGCUGCAGCAGAGACAACAGGAAUCAUCAAUGGGAGAGUGUAGUUCAAGGGAUGUUGCCAAAAUGAUGUGGCAUUCUUUACAUUCCAGUCUUCCGUUGUCAAAACGGGGGACUGUUCCAUCCUGACAUGAACACUUUGGCGCCCCCUAUGGCCACCUAUGGGAUUUCACUUCUUAUUUUGUCUUUAUUGUAUCUUGCAAGUUGAGCCUUCACAUGAUCAAUACAUUAGCUACUUUAACACGCAAAAGUGGCUUACUUUAUGAUUAACCUGUGACAGUCAGACAGCAUACAGUAGUGAACAGCUAAUUCCCAUCCUUAUCUGUUUUGAUGUUCUGCAAGUCUGUCGUAUAAUUUAUUUUUAAUGAUGUAACAUAAUUUUUACAUGUAUGUAAAUAAAUGUUUUAUCUGAUGA